GAGAAAUCGAGCCUCGUGUGGACCAGUUUGGGACAAGUCAGACCCUGCUCUCAAGAUAUGUCCGACGCCGAGGGAACUGAGAGCGAAGACAGCGAUACAGAAGGAGGGUUGGGAAACGUGAACAAGAUGAUCAUCCGUCCACCCGGUCACAGUGGGAAAGCAAAGAAAGGGCACAUCUGCUUCGAUGCCUCGUUCGAAACUGGCAACCUGGGCAGGGUGGAUCUUAUCUCCGAAUUCGAGUACGAUCUGUUCAUCAGACCUGACACCUGCAAUCCACGGCUUCGUUUGUGGUUCAACUUCACCGUGGAUAACGUGAAGACGGAUCAACGAGUGGUCUUCAACAUAGUCAACAUAUCCAAGAGCGCGAAUCUAUUUCGGAAUGGGCUGACGCCGUUGGUAAAGAGCAGCAGCAGGCCAAAGUGGCAAAGGAUUCUAAGAGAGCAAGUGUUUUACUACAAAUCGGCGCAGCACCAAAAUCAUUACGUCCUCAGCUUUGCAUUUUCCUUCGACCGUGAAGAAGACGUUUACCAGUUUGCCUUGACGUAUCCGUACUCGUACAGCCGCUACCUGGCACAUCUGGAUAACCUUUGUACCAGAUUAACGUGCACCAAGAGAGAAACCUUAGCCACGUCGAUACAAAAGAGGAAAAUCGAAUUGGUCACUAUAACUUCGAAUCUGGAAGACGUUCAAGAUCGCGCGAGAAGGGUGGUGGUCGUUCUUGCCAGGAUACAUCCAGGCGAGUCACCUUCUUCCUUCGUUUGCCAAGGACUAAUGGACUUUCUGGUCAGUUCCCACCCCAUCGCCCAAGUGUUGAGGAGUUACGUCGUUUUCAAGAUAGUGCCGAUGCUAAACCCUGACGGCGUUUUUCUUGGCAAUUACAGAUCCACGUUGAUGGGAGCGGAUUUGAAUCGUUCGUGGAACAAAAUCUCUGAAUGGCUUCAUCCUGCUCUGGUAGCGAUAAAACCGAUGCUGAAGAAUCUCGACAAAAGUUCUCGUACACCGUUAGACUGUGUACUUGAUUUGCAUGCUCACACCAAUGCUACAGGACUCUUCGUUUAUGGGAACACGUACGACGACGUGUACAGGUACGAGAGACACAUCGUGUUACCAAAGUUGUUGGCGCAACACGCCGAAGACUAUGAAAUAGGGAACACAAUGUACAAUCAGGAUCCUCACAAGGCUGGUACCGCGCGUCGUUAUCUGUGCUCCAUUCUCAAGGAACAAGUAAACUGCUACAGCAUCGAAGUGUCGAUGUACGGAUAUAAUAGGAAAUCAAUGCCUGGAGUAUUCCCGUACACCGAGGAAGGAUAUUACAGAUUAGGCCGCAAUCUGGCCCGUGUCUUCCUAGAAUAUUACAAAUUAAUGGGCAUUAUCCCCGCCGGUCUUCCUGAGCAACCAUCAACCAAACGAACGCGACAGUCGCGACUGAGACACCGAGUUCUUCGAGAACCUAGACCGAAGACCUCACGGAAACCCGCCCCUAUACAUCUGGCCAGUAUUCACGAGUACUUUCAAGAGGAGACAGAGAUGGCCGCGAGCGGUGGCUACCGAUCGAUGAGCGGCACGCGGAUGAGCCAGCUUGGGACCGGAACUGGAAGUGGAACGGGCGUCGGCGGGUGCAGGAACCGGAGCUACAGGUUCCGGAGCCCCGGGGCACCGCUCGACAGGGUGCAGGCCCUGUCCAGACAUCCCGCCGAGCCGAGGCUCACCAUUAUCGAUUUCAAUCAGCUGACAAGGGGCGGUUUGGAACUGGCUACCAGCAAGAACAGGGCAAAGGUCGCUCGAAAAGCCACGAAGUCGAACAGAUAGCGAUCUCUUUAGCUACGCGGCGUCGUCUUAUCAGUAACCGGCAGGUAAAAUAAAAUCUUUAAAAAAUGUUCGAAGCUCGUUUGAUUCGACUUAUUGUCAGUCAGCGUAAUUUGCAAGAUUUAGAUUCUUCGUAUGGUUGUAUAAAAAAUUGUUUGAACAGUGCAGCAAAUUAAAAAUUCCUAGUUGAAGUUAACGUGUAUACGUGAACUUUGAAAAAUUCAUAGAAUCGACGAAAGGAGAGAACAACGAUGUAACGUAACUAUGUGUAAUCCGAAUCCGAUGUAGAUCAUAUUUGUUUCGUAGAAAAGCUUCUUUACACUAUUGUAUAAAUUAAUAAUUGUCUCGAUGUAUACAUAAAAUUGAUGAAUCGUAUGCAUGCCUUUUGAUACUAACGACGCAAGUCAGCGAUUCGAAUGCGCCGUAUCAUAAAGGGUUGAUUUAUAGGGAUGUUACGUUCUUUUGUUCUCACACGCGCGCCACUUUCUUUACAUAUUUCUUAGAAUGCUCGCCGUUUUGUUCGUUGAAAACGAUUUCUAUAAACGCGUGUUCGCGUUUUUUCGAUUUAAUACGAUAACUUAGAAUUACAACAAUAAAA